UGAGGUACUGUGAGUUUUGGAGUGUCUCUGUGUCCAGUUAGUGAAACUGUCUAAACUGCAUUAACUCUUUUCAACAGUGAAAAUCAAGGAAUUUGCCAACUAGAAUUUCUGCAGCGUCUGGGCGAGUUUUCAGAUUUAACAGAUAUAAGUGAUGGAGUUCAAUUUUGAGGGAAAAACUAUCCUCGUCACUGGCGCAGGACAAGGCAUUGGAAGGGGCAUAUGUUUGAGGCUGGCCAAGAGCGGGGCGAAAGUUUUGGCUUUGUCGAGAACGCGAGGUCCCCUCCAAGAACUUGCACAGGAGAACCCGAAUAUCGAGCCAAUAGUGGUGGACUUGGAUGGUUGGGCCGAGACAAGGAGGGCACUGGAAAAUAUUGGCCCGGUGGAUGGAUUGGUGAACAACGCAGCCAUAGCGAAGAUCAACCACUUCUUCGACAUAACCGAGGAUGAUUUUGACAAAUCAUUCGGUGUAAACGUGAAAGCAGCAAUCAAUGUCGCACAAGUCGUCGCGAAAGGGAUGGUUGAGCGGAGGAACGGCAGCAUAGUCAACGUUUCAUCGCAGUCGGCAAUGAAGGGCCACGAGGAUCAUACGAUUUACUGUAGCACGAAGGCGGCAUUGGAUGGUGUGACGCGGGUGAUGGCGCUGGAACUGGGCAAAUACAACGUCCGCACCAACAGCGUCAAUCCGACGAUUGUCCUAACUAAAAUGGGUGCCAACUGGUGGUCGGAGCCCUCCAGAGGGGAACCUGCUUUGCAGCGGAUUCCGCUUGGCCGAUUCGCUGAGGUCGAUGAGGUAGCAGACGCGGUUAUGUUUCUCCUGAGUGACAAGUCAUCGAUGAUCAAUGGAAUCUCUCUAUUGGUCGAUGGAGGUUACGUUGCUUCCCCGUACCACGCAACCAAAUGAAAUAUCUUCCGGUCUUUCUCAACGUGAAGGAUGUGGACAUGAACCUCAAGGAUAGUUUUAUUAUCUUGUUA